AUGUCCUCGCGGCGGCGGCUGCUGUCGCUCCUGCGCAGCGCCCGCCUCGCCCCGGCAGGUCGCCUCGCCGCCGCGCCGUCCUCCAGGAGCUUCAGCCUGCUCCCCGCCGCGGCCGCCUCCACCUCAGGCUCAGGUUCCAGUGAUGGCAGCUUCAGUAGUAAGGGUUCAAAGUACGGCGCUAUACUGAUUGGGCAAGCAGCUGUUUUUCUUGGCCUGAGCAGCAACGCUCUAUUGGCUCAGGACGAUUCGGUCGCUCCAGCAGAUUCAAGUGAGCAAGCUGAUGCAAAUGCUACUGGUCUACGCCGUAUUGAAGAUGGCUCAGUGAUCUCAAAUGAACACACGAUCAAAUGGAGAAUGUGCACCGAUAGUGCCCGAGAUUAUUUCCUGAAAGGAAAAUUAGCUGAAGCUGAGAAGUUGUUCAAGACAGCUCUGCAAGAAGCUAAAGAAGGAUUUGGACUGAGAGAUCCACAUGUUGCAUCAGCUCUGAACAACUUGGCGGAGUUUUAUAGGUUAAGAAAAGAGUAUGAGAAAGCGGAGCCAUUAUAUAUGGAAGCAGUUGAAAUCCUGGAGCAAUCAUUUGGACCUGAUGAUAUACGGGUCGGAACAGCUUUGCGUAAUCUUGGGCAGUAUUAUCAUAUUCAGCGCAGGUUUGAUCAAGCUCAGUCAUGUUAUGAGCGUGCUUUGAAGAUAGAAGGACGUGUUAUGGGGCUUGGUCACCCAGAUUAUGCAAAUACAAUGUACCUUCUUGCCAAGGUAUUACGUCAACAAAGAAAAGGAAAUGAUGCAGAAGCUCUUAUCCGAGAAUCAAUUAGGAUACUGGAGGAAGCUGGACUUGGCGAAUCACCCAAUUGCAUACACAGGAUGAGGUUUCUCUCUUUGGACUUGGUGAGGUCAAAGCGACUGGUUGAAGCUGAAAAUUUGCAAAGGAAGAUAUUACAUAAUCUGGAGCUUUCGAAGGGAUGGGAUUCGUUGGAUACUAUAAUGGCAGCUGAAACCUUAAGUGUUACUCUUCAAACCAUCGGAGAGUUGAAGGAAUCGGAAGAACUAUUGGAAAGAUGCCUCGCAGUCAGAAGAAAGAUUCUCUCUGAAAAUCAUUUUGAGGUAGCAGGUAUAUUGGUACACUUGGCAAGGCUAACUUUGCUUAAAAUUAUUAGUGACGUCAAUGUGAGCAAUGACCUGUCUAGAUCUCACCUUGUCAAGGCAAAACAACUUGUCAGUGAUUCAAUAAGGAUAACAGAAGGAAUAUUGAAUCCUUUGAAGGAGAAUCAGAAAAAACUGAAAAGCACAAUUGGGAUUGAAAGAGAGAAGAUUGGGGCAACAGCUGUACUUUUGCAAGCACUUGAAGUUGUCGGACUUCUUGAAGCUACAAGAAAGAGAAAGCAAGAGCCAGGGAAGUUGGUACUCUUGCUAAGGCUUCCUCUGGAACAUUUGAAGCAUGGAUACUUCAAAAUUGAUGCUGUACGCGUAUCGCACACAUGUCGGCUAUUCAUAUGGCCAGAUAAACAUCUCAUAGGUGUUCGAAAUACCACAUUGCGCAUCCAUCUUAAAAAUAAUUUUGAAAAGUCUGAUUAUGAACAUGCUGAACAAGCUCUGCGCAAGUGUAUUUCACUUUACAACGAGCCUUAUACACGAAAUGUGGUGUCUAAAUACCUCAGGCAGCAGUACGAGAGAUGCUUGAACAGCCUCGUGCACAUUAUUCAGCUCGAUCCAGACAUCUUGAAUGCGCCUGGGAUGCAGGAUCUGCUAGAUGAAUCACAGCGAAUAAUGAAGGAAUUGGGUGAAGAGAAAAAUACAAAGUGAUUUUUUAUGGGUGAUAUGUAGUAGUCUGGUGACGCAGAGGAAUAAGCAUGGCAUACAAAGUCUUGCGGAUUUACGGCUUAUAGGGGAAACCAAAUUUGCAGAUCUUGCCAAGUGUACAAGAUGUUAAGAGAUACAUGAUCAAUUUCAUUGGUUUUGUUUAUAGCGUUUGCUCGUUCCCACCCAGUAGCUGUAGAAUGUUAAUUAAGUUAAUUAAUUGCAAUCCACUUUUUCAAUUGGGAACAAUAUUCUACUCCCUCCGUUUAAAAAUGUAAGAUGUUAAUUGAUUCAUCUACUUUAGUUUGUAUCUAAUCUAUUUUUAUGUGUAGGUUCACUCACUUUGGUUUGUA